AUGUUCAAUGUGGGUGAUUCUUUGGGUUGGUAUGACAAUAUUGAAAAGCCUAAUGUUGAUUACCAAAAAUGGGCUUCAACCAAGAACUUCAGCCUGGGAGAUUUCCUCAUUUUCAACACAGAUAACAAUCAUUCAGUAAUCCAAACAUACAAUUUCACAACCUACAAGCUUUGUGAUUAUGAGGAUGCCCUAGACAAUGACACAAUCCAAUGGUCAUCAGAUGAUCCUUCAUCCCCUACCCCACACCUUGUUUCUGUUGCAGUUCCUCUUGUCAAAUUGGGAAUGACUUAUUUUUUCUCAAGAUUACCACCAAGUUUAAAGACAUCGUCUGGCGAUUCUCCUGCCCCGAUCAGUCCAGAAUUUGGCGACGACGAGUCAGCACCGGCGACAUUAGUUCCAUCUAAUUUUGAUAAUCCUAAGGAUACCAGUGAUGAUUCAGCAGAACCAUCUGAGUCUGUUCCUUUGUUUGCUAUUUCAAGGCUCUUUGGUGUUCAAUUUCACAUUCAUGUCCAACAAAAAAUCUUCUUUCUCUCCGCCGCCGCCGCCCGUAGCGGGGUUACCGUCGCCUGGUCCGAUAUCCUCCUCCUCUGUGCCGCCACUCAAACCCUUUCCCAAACCCAACAAAUCCACGCACAGGCCAUCCUUCACGGCCAUCUCCCCCGCAGCGUUUCCAUUUCCUCAGCCCUCAUCCUCUCUUACGCCAACUUUUAUUCCUACCCUUCCACCCUCGACGCUCUCUUCUCUCAGACCCUCCCUUUUUCUCGCUCCGCUUUCCUCCAUAACACUCUCAUCAGGGCAUACACUGUUCUAGCCAGUGGGUCCCAGAAAAGCUACAUAGAUGCUGCUCCUGGGUUUUUAAUAUACAAUGACUUGUUCAGGAACACUGGUUUCCCGCCAGAUGAUCACACAUUUCCUUUUGUACUGAAGCUUUGUGCGGAUUUUUUAGAAAGAGCAAAAGGGUUAGAAGUACACGGGAUGUUGAUCAAGACUAGGUUUAAUGAUGAUGUGUUUGUAAAUAACACCCUUCUUCUGUUUUAUGGGAAUUGUAGGGAUUUGGGUAGUGUUGAGAAACUGUUCGACGAAAUGCCUAAAAGAGACUUGAUCACAUGGAAUACCGUUAUUCGGGUAUUUUCAGACAACGGAUGUUGGUUGGAAACUGUUAGGUUGUUCAAGGACAUGGUUUUGGUGUCCAGGUUUAGACCUAAUGUGGUCACUAUUGUGAGUGUGUUGCCUGUAUGUGCGGGGCUCGAGGAUGUAAAUUUAGUUAGUUCGGUUCAUUGUUACGUCUUCAAGGUUGGUUUGGAUGGUGAAGUGAGGAUUGGCAAUGCGAUGGUCGAUGCUUAUGGGAAGUGUGGGAAUGUUGAGGCUUUAAAUGGGGUGUUUGAUGAAAUGGUUGAAAGGAAUGAAAUGGACCUGAAGAAUGUAGUAUCGUGGAAUUCCAUGAUCGGUAACUUCGCUCAAAAUGGGAGAGAGUUGGAAGCUAUAGAACUUGUUAGGGAAAUGCAAGCUCAUGGUGAAAUUCCUAACUCUGUUACUUUGACAAAUGUUCUUCCUGCAUGUGCCCGACUAGGUUCUCUUCACUGGGGAAAGGAAAUACAUGCCAGGACAAUCAGGAAAGGGUCUGCCUUUGAAUUAUUUGUCUCAAACGCAUUAACAGACAUGUAUGCUAAAUGUGGCUGCCCAGAUCUUGCUCAAAACGUAUUUGAUACAUCUCUCAGAGAUGAAGUAUCCUAUAAUAUAUUAAUCACAGGCUAUUCUCAGACAAGUGAGUGUCACAAUUCUCUUAGCCUGUUUUCAGAAAUGGAACUGGUGGGGAUGAAACAGGAUAUAGUUUCCUACAUGGGAGUACUCACCGCGUGUGCAAACAUGUCGGCAAUCAGAAAAGGAAAGGAGGUCCAUGCAUUUGCAAUGAAAAGGAUGUCAUUUUACACCACUGCCAGUCCACCAAGUAGGUUGCUUUCUCAAUCAAACAAGACAAGAAUCAGAAACAUGCAAGUUUCCCAACAGACAAGUUCAAGUGAGUUCCCUACCAGCAUUUUUUUGCAUGUCCCGAGCAGACCAUUUGAGUAA